GCCAGCGUGAGUGUUUGUAGUCCUCGGUAGUCUAUUUCUCAAAAGGCUAAACCGUAUGUUGAAUCGUUUGUAGUGAUUAUACAAAUUUUUCAUAACACAAAAUUACUAUUAAAUAUUUAUACAACGAAUUAUCACGCAAGGAAUUUAUCAAAAUAUUUGUUUUUGUUGAUUGUUUUGGAGGAUGAAUUGUUAGAUAAAGUAAACACAACAUUAGUUUUUGGUACAGGAAUAAUAUUAAGUGAAAAUAUACAACAUUGCUGUAUCAAAAUAAUUGAGAUAAAUAAUGUGGAGUUGAUUGAAUAGGUGAAUUGGAGUUGGAACUUUGUUGGGUCAAGAGUAAAAAAAACAAAGGAUUAAGACAACAACAGCAGCAGCAGCAGUGUUUGUUAUCGGAUCGUCUACCUUGGCAUCGAAUAUUUCCGGUGUAAGUGCACGUACUGAGAGAACAAGUUGCGCGGAUUUCUAUCGCGUCGCAGCCUUGUGACCCAAUUAGAUUUACCCAGCAUCCUACGGGAACUCCUGGUUUAAUCGUUGGCGACACUCUCAAGUCCGAUUACCCGUUACCUCGUGGAAAUUGAGUUUCUCCGAGCGACCUUAGAGCUUAAGCAGUUGCUAAUACGGAAAAGGGUCCAACUAAAAAGAAUACUCACUCGACCUGUAUGAUGCUUAUAGGUCGUUGAACGCAAGUGACAAUAGAAAUUUAGAGAAUAAUAGUGGAAUUGAGUCGUGGAGAUAGGGGGAUUUAAAAAUCCUAGAGUGUUGAGUGGCCUCAAGUAAGAUAUCGGUCGCCAGAGUACGAUUCAAACUUAGUUGCUGGCGUUGACAGAUCGAUACGGAAGUUUGAAUCCUCACAAAGUUUCAUCUCCCAUUUCUCUCUCAGUGUUUCUGCACUGUCUGGAGUUCAAACUUGUGUGUCAGUGACUUUUUUGUCGGCUUCAAAGGAACGUCUGUCACUUGAGUGGAUUUAUUUCAAUAAUUGUGUGAAAAAAAAAGAAAAAGAGUGAACGUGACAUUUAAGUGAAGUGGUGAAAGCAAGUGAAGAUUGAUAUACGCGAGUGUGUUGUUUUUAAUUAAUAUCAAAUUGAUGAACCAUCAGAACUCUGACGUCUUUUCGUGCAAACAAACAUAACAUCUUCCCAUUCUCCCUGUCGACUAGACGUAAAUCUGAUCCAACUAAGAAAAAGGAACGUUACGAAGACAUUGUGCUGUCGUCACCGCAGGGUCUUUUGCCCGUGCGGUUGGGUGACAGCAAUCGUAAAAAGCGUUCGCCCUGUGGGGGCGCCAACACUGGCACGGUGAAGGGCAACGGUGGCUUUGGUGAUUAUUCUGCGGCGGGGGAAUUUGAAGUUUGGGGUGAAGAACAUCGCGCACCGGAUGGUGAAGACCACCAGGUAAUUGGACCGCCAACACGCGGGCUUCUGCCAUCGCAGGCCCAGCAACAACAACAACAACAACGAUGCAACGACGCCAAUGGUUCGUCGUUAAGGCCUCUUCUGCACGUUGCACAUUGUGAACUUCACUCUCCACGCGACGCUGAACUUCUCAGACUCGAUCAACUCGAGAGCCUGGAAAGGAAAUCGGCUGAGCGUGAUCCUUACUUCAUGAUGGAUAAUUUCCAUAGUCCAGUACCACCACCGUUACCUCGUCGACAUGGCCGAUUACCACCCCCGCAACAGCAGGUGACCGUCGGUUCGUUAGGUAGCGGAGUGGGUACUGGGAAUGGUGGAGCAGCUCCGGGUGGCCAGGGUCAACCGCUGGUUAUGCCUAGCUUCCCGCUCCGUUCCGCUGUUGGACCCCAUUACUCUCCGUACUCGCCUUCACGUUUCCACAUUGACAAACGAUGCCAACAUCGAUGUUCAUGGAAGUGCUUCUCUGUCACCUUGAUAUUCCUUACUGUCGCUCUCACAGCGAUACUUGCUUAUUUUGCUGCUGUCAGCUCUAUGCGGCCGAUAGACAACACCAACUGCAUUUUCGACCAAGACACAAAGACGGUAACCCACGAGAAUGCCAACAUCCACGAUCCUGUAUCAACUCAACUACCAACAGAAGAAUCUCUACCUACGAGUACAGCAGAACACUCAAGCGCCUCGGACAGCAAUGAACAGCAGAGCGACCCUCAGACGCAACAAUCAGCCCAACAAUGGCCAACAGUUCUGGAGCUCCAAGCAUACGAUGUUGCGCACUCGGCCGUCAUACCGCCUUAUCAUUUCUGGAACUCGGAAUUUCGUACCAAGCAGCCUGCCUUUAUAAGGCUUAAUUUAACAUUACCUUGGGGAGCUAAUUUUGCAGUUUACGGUCGACGAAAUGUCGCUCCUAGUGUUACGCAGUAUGACUUUGUUAAAUUUGUUAAGGGAGGUAGAAUAGAUCAAAGAUUGAAGCGAGAAGUCAUCCCAGGAGCUGUAAGUUUCAUGGAAGAAUCAAUUGUUCAUGAGGAAGUUGGACGACCAGAUUCUGAUGAUGAUGAUGACAAUGAUGGUGAUGUGACAAAUUAUCAUCAUAUUCUGAUGAAACGGACGAUACUUAAUCCAAUGCUUGUCAAUGUCAGCUUACUUCAAUAUCUAGACACUGGACGUUGGUUCUUAUCUGUUUAUAAUGAUGAACUUCGACCUUAUAAAGUGACACUAGUUGUUACUGAAGCUGAGGGAGUAUCUACUACAUGUCCAAAUGAUUGCUCUGGACGUGGAUCUUGUUAUCUAGGAAAAUGUGACUGUAUUGAUGGCUACCAGGGUGCAGAUUGCAGCAAGAGUGUCUGUCCGGUUCUUUGCUCAUCUCAUGGAGUGUACGGCGGUGGUAUCUGUCAUUGUGAGGAAGGCUGGAAGGGUGCCGAGUGCGACAUUCCGCUUGGUGAUUGCCAAGUCCCCGAUUGCAAUCAGCACGGACAGUGCGUGCGUGGCUCUUGUGUCUGUAAUCCCGGAUGGAAGGGAGAAUUCUGUGAAGAGCCUGAUUGUCGAGAUCCAACAUGCAGUGGCCAUGGUGCUUGUGUUGCUGGAAAAUGUUACUGUAAAGCUGGAUGGCAAGGUGAAAAAUGUGAUAAAGUAGAUCAAAGGAUUUAUCAAUGCCUACCAGGAUGCUCUGACCAUGGGUCUUAUGAUCUUGAGACUGGCACUUGUCUUUGUGAGGAACAUUGGACUGGAGCUGAUUGUUCUCAGUCAAGUUGUAGCCUUGAUUGCGGCUCUCAUGGCUCUUGUGAGCAAGGCGUUUGCAAAUGUCAUGACGGUUGGACGGGAACCAAAUGUGAUCAAAAGCCAUGCGACCCCCGAUGUGCUGAACAUGGCCAGUGCAAAAACGGCACUUGUGUUUGCAGCCAAGGAUGGAAUGGAAGACAUUGUACUCUACCUGGAUGUGAGAAUGGCUGUAGCAGACAUGGAAUAUGUGCUCUCCAAGAUGGAGAAUAUCGUUGUGAAUGUUCAACUGGCUGGGCAGGCAAAGAUUGUAGUAUAGAACUUGAAAAGGAAUGUAACGAUGAUAUUGAUAAUGACAAUGACGGAAUGGUCGAUUGUUUUGAUAGCGAGUGCUGUUCUCAACCAUCUUGUGUCAAACAUGUUAUGUGCUUGGUCAGUAGUGAUCCUGUUGAAGUUCUACUACGGAAACAACCACCAAGUGUAACAGCGUCUUUCUGGUUACGAGUAAAGUUCCUUAUUGAAGAAAAAAGCGUCCAGAGUUACGUGCACACUGACGAGUAUGAUGAAAGUGCGUUCUGGAGUUCCUUUACACCGUGCCGAGUCGCAGUGAUGAGGGGCCAAGUAGUAACGGAACAAGGACUGGGAAUAGUAGGAAUACGAGUUUCAGUGGACAAAACUCAACGCUUUGGAUUUACACUCACUAGAGCUGGAGGAUGGUUCGAUAUUCUGGUGAAUGGCGGUGGAGCAGUUACACUUCAAUUCCAACGUAACCCCUUCAAGCCUCUCACAAGGACCGUAUUUGUCCCAUGGAAUCAAAUAGUUGUCCUACCACCAGUGGUAAUGACUUUAGCAGAGGAAGGGUCUGAUCAAUCUAAUCAACAAUCUAGUUCAAGUAUUGGAUUUUCGGGAUUACCAAUGGGUCUCUUUGUCGAUAAUGGACCUUGCAUGGAGCACGAUCAUGAAAUACUUAAACCUAUAAUUGUUGGCACUUGGAUGCCUGAAAAAGUUGGCGGACUGCCAGGACAAAGUUUAGUUCUGGCUGAGACUCAGAUUGUUCAAGAAAGUAUUCCAAUACCAGGAUCAAAUGUGCAUCUGAUGUACCAGAGUAGUCAAGCAGCUAAUUACUUAUCUACAGUUCGAAUGCAAUUGACGGGGUCAGUUAUUCCACCAUCUCUGACUCAUGUUCAUGUUCAUGUGGAAAUCGAGGGUUCUGUACAUACCAAAAUCUAUGAAGCUGAUCCUAAUUUGACUCAUACCUUUGCUUGGAACAAGAGGAAUGUCUAUAAGCAGAAGGUUUACGGAGUAGCACAAGCACGAAUUUCUGUGGGUUAUCAGCACUCGACUUGUCCUUCAAUCAUUUGGGAAACGCAAACAGCAACCUUACAAGGCUUUGAUGUCGAUAUCUCGGAUAUUGGCGGUUGGAGUUUGGAUAUUCAUCAUCACUAUAAUUUCCAUGAAGGCAUAUUACAGAAAGGAGAUGGCUCGACUUUGCAUUUCAAACAAUAUCCAAGAAUAGUAGAGGUUGUUAUGGGAACAGGCUUCCAAAGAAAGCUCGUUUGUCAAGAUUGCGAUGGGCGAGCCAAAGACGCUAAAUUAUUGACUCCAGUUGCACUAGCAAGUGGCCCAGAUGGUAGUAUUUAUGUAGGAGAUUUUGAUCUUGUUCGAAGAAUUGACCCAGAAGGCAAUGUUUAUACUGUACUUAUUCUCAGUGCCACUCAAGUUGCCUACCAGUACUAUUUAUGUGUAUCGCCUGCAGAUGGUCACCUAUAUAUCAGUGAUCCAGAAAAACAUCGAAUUUUCAAAACAAUAUCAUUGGCUCCAGUACAAGAUCCUAGUCUUAAUAUUGAGCCAGUUGUUGGUAGUGGAGAGCGUUGUAUUCCUGGUGAUGAAGGACAUUGUGGAGAUGAAGGUCCAGCCAUUCUUGCUAAACUUGCACACCCUAAAGGCAUUGCCAUAGCUGCCGAUAAAACAAUGUAUAUUGCUGAUGGAACUAAUAUCAGAGCAGUAGAUUCUCGAAAAAUAAUUCAUACUCUAGUUGGUCAUCAUGGACAUCACAAUCAUUGGUCACCCGCCCCGUGUAUUGGAGCUAUUCCAGCUCGUCAAGCUCAACUCCAAUGGCCUACGGGGUUGACAUUGAGUCCUCUAGACGGUACACUUCAUUUUAUUGAUGACAGACUAGUUCUCAAACUGACUACUGAUCUCAAAGUCCGUGUUGUCGCUGGAACUCCACUCCAUUGUACAAGCAAUGUUAAUAGUGGAGAUGCGACAAAAGUCAAUUCAACUGUUCCAAUCAAUAAUAAAAAGUCUGAUCAAGUACUUGGCUCCGUACUUGCUGUUAGUUUUAGCCCUACUGGAGAAUUGUACAUUGCAGAAAGUAAUUCACAUCGUGUUAACUCAAUCCGAGUUGUGGACUCAUCUGGAAAAAUGUCCCAUUAUGCUGGACGUCAACAAGACCGUCAUGACCAAUGUGAAUGUAAUAAUACUACACCAAACUCAAAAAUAUCUGAUACAUGUACCUGCAAUGAUGAUAUCAGUAGUACAGAAACUCUAUUAUCUUCUAAUGCAAAGUUUAAAGCUAUUUCUGCUCUUGCAGUAUCUCCUGAUGGUGUACUUCACGUUGCAGAUCAAGGGAGUCUUCAUAUACUCGCUCUUAAGCCUUAUUUACCUAAACUUGAUGAGGCUGGUGAAUUUCAAAUACCUUACCCACCAUCGAAUGAAAUUUAUGUAUUCAAUAGAUACGGUCAACAUGCAGCUACAAAAGAUUUGACAACCGGAAGAACACGAUACUCAUUCCUUUACUCAAAGAAUACAAGUUUCGGUAAGCUGUCAACCGUAACUGACAGUGCAAGAAAUAAAAUCACAUUCUUACGAGAUUACAGUGGUGUUGUCAGCUCCAUUGAGAAUUCACAGGAUCAUAAAUCUGAGUUAAAGAUAUCUGCAGUUGGAUUCUUGGAAAAACUAUCUGAGAAUGGUAGAUCUGAAAUUGCGUUAGACUACGAUGCAGAUUCUGGUUUAUUGACAAGUCGUUCCGGUGGUGGAGAAACAUACAUUUACAACUAUGAUAAUUUAGGUCGUGUAUCAAAUAUUAUUUUACCAACAGGAGAGACUAUAAAAUUGACCUCAAAGUUAUCUGAUGAUGAAGGUCUGUCAGUAAAGGUUGAAGCACCAUUACAAGCUCUGGCAAAGACUAACAAGCAUAAAAUAAUAGAAUAUAAAAUGAAGAAGCAAGGAUCUAAUAUGUUAACAAUAACAGACGGUAGUAAGAUUCAAAAGGCAACGGCAUUUGCUAAUAACAGCUUAGAGGUUGUAUUACCUGGAGGCGGCAGAAUUCUCAGUGCAGCAAUGACUAAACAUCCACUGUUGGAAGCAGCAUUGCCUGUAGAAGCUGAAAUGUUGCCUAUGUGGAGCUACCAAGUGCUUACAUUAGGAGAGUUAAUUAAUACAAUGACAACAACGUACAACCUCGUUGGUGAAGUCAGUCAUCCUCAACAAACACUCAACCGCGAGAUAUGGGUCAAUGAUUCGCGCGUAAUUGGCGUGAAAUUUGAACAGCUACUAGGACGUGAGACAUUUUACGUUCAACCUUCAAAUCCUUUGUUAAAUGUGACAUUCGAUCUUGCUGGAUUACCAUUAACUUGGCAGCCGCAUGAAUACGGGCAUAGUCUUAAUAUCACUUAUGACUGGUUUAAUCGAAUCCAGAGUUGGCAAUGGGGAUCCUCCAAUGAAUCUUAUAAUUAUGACAGACACGGACAAUUGUCCGAAGUAACAAAUAAACAAGACGGUACCAAAUGGUACGUUUACAAUGACUUUAACAUGCUGUCUAAUAUAACUUUGGCAAGCGGACGAGAAUUCUCUUUGGAAUAUGAUGAAAACGGUGGAUUGAGACAUGUCAUUCUGCCUGCUGGUACUAGACAUUCAUUCUCUUGUCAAGCAUCUUUGGGAUUCCUUCGAGUCACCUAUACACCACCAGGAAGUACUCGUUCUUAUUUACAACACUACAGUCACGAUGGUAAUCUUCUGCAAACAGUCUUUCCUGGCGAUGGAGCGCGCAUUGUUUAUAGAUAUCAUCCCUGGGGCCAAUUGUCUGAGGUCGUUCACGGUGAUGGUAAGAGUGAGAUUAGAUAUACUGAAAGUGGCUUACCUUCAGAAGUAAUUCACACAGAAAAAGAUGUGGAAUACAAGUGGGACUAUCAGUACAGUGCCGGACUUUUAGUAGAAGAGCGUAUUGACUUCGAAGCUAAGACCGGGCUCAGCAAUGCCAAGUUUACUUUUGAUUACGACGCCAACUACAGAUUAAUCGCCAUUCAAGGUAGAAUAGGAGGUCAAACGUUACCAGCCCACACUAUGGCCUACAGCCAAAAAACUGGUGCACUAGACCAGAUUGGCCAAUUCAAAAUCACCAAACCCUCGCCAAAUGAAACAAUGGUCUUGGAUGGAAUUGCUGUCUUCUCUCGUAUCAUAGACAAAUAUUUCCUCGAAACUCAAGUAACCGUGACGAUUCAUGGACUAGUCGUAUUCAGAAUGGAGUUCACUCAUGACUCGAAAGGCCGUAUCAACCAAACACGAACAGAUACGAGCAAUGUUGGAGUUAAUACUUAUACAAACGUUAAAAAUUACACUUGGGACUCAGAUGGUCAAUUAACAGGUGUAGAAGCACAAGAACCCUGGAGUUUUAAGUAUGAUGGUAAUGGAAAUAUGCUGUCCUUGACUUAUCGAGGAAAUACUAUUCCUAUGGAGUACAAUAAUAUGGAUAGAAUCGUUAAAUUUGGCGAUGGUCUUUAUAAAUACGACAACCGUGGCCAAGUGAUUCAAAAUGCAAGAGAAGAAAGAUUUAAUUAUAAUGCUAAAGGUCUUCUAACUCGAGCUACAAAGAAAGGUCGAUUUGAUGUACGUUAUUACUACGAUCAUCUAAAUAGAUUAGCUACAAGAAAAGAUAAUUAUGGAAAUGUUACUCAAUUUUUCUACAACAAUCAAAAACGACCUCAUGAAGUUAGUCAAAUAUACAGCCCUCGGGAUGGAAAACUUAUGUCUCUGGUUUACGAUGAUAGAGGUCAUCUUAUUUAUGCCCAAAUUUAUAGACAUAAAUAUUAUAUUGCUACAGAUCAAUGUGGUACACCAAUCAUGAUUUUUAAUCAAUAUGGAGAAGGUAUUAGAGAACUUAUGAGAUCUCCUUACGGUCAUAUAGUUUAUGAUUCGAAUCCAUAUCUUUAUCUUCCUGUUGACUUUUGCGGUGGUCUUUUAGAUAAGGUAACAUCUUUGGUACACAUGCCAAAUGGAAAAGUAUAUGACCCACUAAUAGGAAAAUGGAUGUCACCUCUCUGGGAAAAUGUUCUUGAUCGUGUUGCAACACCAACGCAUCUUCAUUUAUAUAGAUUUAAUGGAAAUAAUCCAAUCGAUGUUAGACAUACCGAAGAACGCAAACCAACAGACCACAUAUCAUGGCUUUCACUACUUGGCUAUGAUCUAAAAAGCCUCGCACCGCAACUAUUCCCGAACCAACUGCCUGAUAGUCAAGUGCCUCCAUCAUUAAACCCACAAGCUUUGAUUCUUAGUGAAAAAAAUAAAAAUCGCAAUAUGGGUGUUCAAUCAGGAUUCUUAGCAUACAUCGCUCAAAGACAUUCAGGAGAUGCUGCAAGUCUUUUAGCUCCUCCUAGGUCAGCUUUGAAGAAAGAUCUAAGUGAACUCCUUCCAAAUCGCUUGGGUGCUGCUUCAGAUCCACCAUUUGGCAAAGGAAUAUUAGUUUCAAGAACUGCCGAUGGCCAGGCAGUUGUUUCAAGUGUUUCCGUUGCUAACCCAAUUUACCGUGAUGUCUUUACGACUGUGUUCAAUCGAUCGUACUUUCUACCAUUCAGCUUUGUUGUUCAUAAUGCUCAGCAAGAUGCAUUUUACUUUGUUAAAGAAGAAAUCGGAAAAGCUGAGGACGAUCGAGGAGAACUCAAGCGUUUGGGUGGACAAGUUAAUACGACUUUCCACGGAAAUGAGAAUGGCAGUGGUAAUAUUGUUGAUGUAAAAAUUCAUGGUGCCAGCUAUGUAGUGAAUCUUCGUUACGGAACAACAGCAGAAAAAGAAAAACAGAGGCUACUUCAUCAUGCAAAAUCCACCGCAACUCGUAAGGCUUGGCAUCGUGAACGUGAAGCUCUUAGAGCAAAAACUCCAACUUCUAUUGAAUGGAUGGCAGCAGAACAAGAAGAAAUAGAGAAUCAUGGCUCUGCAUCAAAUUACGAAUGUGAAUACAUUCAUGAUCCACAAUUGUACCCAGAGUUAGCUGAAGAUCCUUACAAUAUUAAGUUCGUAAAGAAAGCAGCGAAUCCAUCGACUAAGAAACGACGAAGGAGGAGAGGCACUUCAACUGUUUGCAAACUCUGGCGACUUGAUGGACUUUGCUAGAGAAAAUUACAACUCGCAAACUUUGAAAUCCACGAAAGUUUGUUCAAUUAGUUUACAAGGCUGUGUGCGUGUGUGUCUGAAGAAUAUAUGAAACACAUAAAAACAUUUCCUUUUUUUUUUAAAAAAAAGUUUGUGUGAAAUUACGGAAAGAAUACAAUGAAAUAUAAAAAAAUAUGCCGCUGUAAUGCGAAACGCAUCAUACGAUAGAAAAGAAGAGAGAGAAAAAAAACGUACAUACACUGAUUACUAUCAAAAGUUUUAUACCAAAGUCUAUUUGUGUAUUUCAAAGAUGCCAAACACUUAUGUUAUAUUAUAAAAGCCAUACAUAGGGUCAUAGUGAUUAAGCAAAUAAAUAAUGCAACGUGCGAAACGUUUCGUUAUAGACUUUAAUCUAUGAUGAAAUUUUGACUGCCGUAUACACGAAAGAAAAAUUCUCUUAUUGAAAAAUGAUAUAUAAAUAAAUAUAUAUAAAUAUAAAAAUAUAUAUAUAUAAAUGUAUGUACAAGUGAUAUAGAUAUAUAUAUAUAUAUAUAUAUAUGACCGGUGUUUCAGUGAAUUUAAUUGGACUGAAGUGAAUGUUAGGUCGUUACGUCGAACGUAACGACAACAUUACAGUGAACUAUUGCCUGGAUCGAUGUUGUUCACAAUGUUAAACCGGUCGCUAUUGGAACAAGUUAAGAAUGGUAUCAUGUGGUUAUUCGUCCAAAAAGUUUUCGAAAAAACAGUGCAGGAAAGCGAAAACCUAGUCAAUAAAUUAGCUUUAGAUUGACAUUCAUAAAACCUACCAGAUUUAUGUGGAGGAGAUGCACCGUUUUUUAUCGAUUAAAUAUUUAUAAAGAAAACCAAAUAAUAUAGAUAAAGAGAUUGUAUACGACUGCUGGUUGUAAAAAUACGAAUGGAAAAACUUUUUAGUGACGAAUGGCCACGAAAGACCUUUAAGGUAGCACAGUUUGUUAUACAUUCGCGAUAAAUGUAGGAUUAAUAAGACUUAAGUGAGAAAUUGUGAGUGUGAUAAAAGAGAAAAAUAAGAAUGCAUGUGAGCGAAGCUGUAACUGAUCGACUAUCGAUCCGAAUUACCCGUCUCGAACUUCUGUCACAUUUUUUUUUGCAUAAAUAAAAUGGAGUUCGUGACGUAGUUUGUAUUAUAUUGUGGUGCUUUUCCUCCAGUGUGUGAAAAUAGUGCAAUGCUUAAAAAAAUUACAAGAAAAAUUAAAAUUAAUACUAACGUAAAUUGCAAGACACUAUUCUCCUGGAGGUUUAAAGGAGAGCUAAUAUUUUUUAAGAUAAUUUGAUGACAUACCUUAGCGUUAUAGCGUCCAAAAAAAAAAAGUGCUGAGAAGACGUCAAUGUUUUGCCCAAAUGAUAUGUGAGAAUGAUGAGAUCAAAUAUACAUGAACUAAUAAAUAAUAAACUUUUAUAAUAAAAGAAUGAAAAUAAUGUUUUUAAAAAUGACAAAAAAAUUGAUUAAAAUAGACAGGCUGAUCUAAUGACCGCGAGAGUCGUGAGUAUACAUAAAGUACCAGACCGAUAUUAUUAUCGGUAUACUAUAAUACGUAUUAUAAUGACAUAUUUGUGCUUGCUGAAUAUGAGUAAUGGAAAAAUGGUACUGUUUCUUCACUAAGUACUAAAUGUAAUUUUAAAAAUCCCAUACGUAUUAUCGUAUUAGUAAAAGAAAUAUAUACAUAAUAAAAACGAUCUUUCUCCCACACCUCCCCGUUCGUCAUUUUGACAGUCUUUCUACUACCUUUUUUUAAAAUCCAUACAAAUUUAUGACUUUUUUCAUCGUCCUGCGCAAACAUAACAUCUUUAUUGAAAUUUAAUCGUGGUGCCCUACGGUUAGAUAGUUGCACAAUGACAUUGACCUCUCUGGAUAGGUAAAUUAUCUAUUUAAAUUAAAUGUAUAAAUAAUAUAGAAGAUAGGAAUAUUCUGGAGAAUAUUGUUAGUAUGAGUGAGAGUCUAGACAAAUUGAAAAUAUUGAUUGUAAAGCUAAAAGUUAUUGUAGCUAAACAAUUGCUAUUUUUUAUGUCUAGAUUAAGUUUGAACAUAAAAUUGCGAUUGACGACCGAUAUUUUAAAAAAUGGCGCUUAAAGAAUUAACUAUUUUUUAAAAUCAAGUGUCAAAUUAUAAUACAUGUUUCAUGUGUCGUUAAUACGUAAAUCAAGACGAUCGUGCACAUGCUAAUAAAUAAAUUACUUAAUAAUUUGAAAGAAAAGAUAAGAUUUUAAGAAGAUAAAAAAAUCUAAAACUUAAAAAAAUCACUGAUAAAUUAUAAAAAUAAAUUCAUCGCUUGUAAAC